GACAAUAUGACCAAAGAUGAGAUGCGCUUGUUAAGUAUGACAGUGCAAGUUGUAGUUGUUAACCAGACGUGUGCCAAGGAAGAGACGUCAAGAUGUUGAAAAGAAUAUUUAGUUUAUUCAUAUUAUAUUGCGUCUACCAUCUUGGAAACGUCAACGCAAAAAGAGAUCCUAGAUGUGACGCGACAAUGCAGAGUAACGAUAGAUGUAAAGGAAGAUGGUACUUUUAUCAACAUUCGACAUCUGGCGAUUGCUACAAAUCCAAUCUUAACAGAGGUCGUUGUAAAAAUAAUUUCUUCUCAUCAUACAAAGAAUGUUUCUUAAAGUGUGUUACAGAUCACCCUCAACACGAAGACGAUAUUCUUCUUUACUUUACUAUGUCUGAUUGGACGGCUGACAUGCAGGUCCUGAAAAAGAAUAUUGCUGACAUAAUAAAAAACAAGUGUACUGAAGACACUUGUCCAUUCCUUGAAAAUACCACAUCAAUAUACCACCAUCCUAGACUCAUGGCUUAUAACGUCUACAGAUCGAUCAAGGCGGAUGAUGUGCACAUCAAGAAGGACAAGAUGUCACGUGGGACGCGUCACAUCUUCUGGAUUAAAAUACAUAAAACAUUUGAACCCAAUAAAUCUAUUAAAUUCACAUCUACUUUAGAAAUUGUUUUACUCAAUUCUGUUGAUAUAUUAACUUCAAAAGAUAAAGUCGAGACACCGAAAAAUACAAAAAUGGCCAGUAGACACGGUCCGGGUAGCAUCGGAUUUCCGGUGUUGGGUGUAAUUGUUAUCUUACUUCUGAUAAUGAUGGUAGUUCAGAGAAGAAUGAGAAACAAAAGAUUACUCGCGAUGCGCAACAGAACAACCAGCACACCACAAACAUCACAAUCACCGAUCACAACAAAUGUCGCUGUUAUACAUAACCCUGAACUUUUUACUGAAAUGUUAAAACCUCCCCCUUAUGCGCCAAAAGAUGAAUACACGGAAGCGCCCCCUCCGCCUUACACAGACGUCACCGCAUAGACUAAUCUGUUGUUAUGUUAUACGACAAUUGUCUAUUGUUCUUAGAUCAAAUUACACUAUCUAUUUGCAAAACAUUAAACAUGUGUUGAGGAAACACAUGUGUGGUGUUAAGAAUAUACUCUCAACUUGCUACCAUGUUUCCAAUAUAAAAAUAAAUGUUGGAGCAUGAGAUGCGUUGUACAAACUAUUGAUGACGUCAAGUCUAAGUGAGGACUUCGAAUACGAUAUCUGAUAUUGUGGUUAAAACACGUACCAUUAAUGUACCUAAUAUAGAUAGCCUUUCACGUAUCAUGUAUAUUUUUAAGCAGAAUUUUUAAUUAAUUUA